UAUCAGGUUCUGAUCACUAACAAAAACCUAAAUUACACAUUCAAGGUAUAUUAAUUCAUUCUAAUACACAAACCAAAAUGGUAAUCUGUGUAUUUUUCUUCUGGGGGUUCCUGAGUUUUGCUGGGUGUGAUGUAGACAAGUCAUUUGUGAACAGUAGCUGGCCACUUCCGGUCUUCCAGCCAUCGCACAGGACCCACAGGGUCCGCAGGUUUUCGACUAAAGAAAGAAGUAAUUUUAACGAGGAGGAAAAAGAAAUCAUCCUGAAACGUCACAACGAUUUGAGAAAAUCUCAGGGGUCAAGUAACAUGAUCCGACUGGAAUGGAGUGCGGAAGUAGAGCGCAGUGCCUUACAUGUUGCUGAGAUGUGUUCGUUUAAGCACAGUAGCGACUCGGUGAGAUCAAACAAAGCGGGUUACAGAAUACUUGGUGAAAAUAUUCAUGUACGUAGCACUGCCGUUUUGAAAGACGUCGGUGCUUUCGUUCACGAAUUCAACAAAGAAGAAGUCAACUGGGAUUACGAGGGGAUGAAAUGUAAACAGGGAAAAUGCGGUCACUACACUCAAGUAGUUUGGCCGACAACAGAAGUUCUGGGAUGUGCAGCCAAGUGGUGUGACACCCUGAUUGGAGUUUCUACCUUUACAAAAGGCAGCUUGUAUGUCUGUCACUAUGGACCCAACGGGAACAUAAAUUUAAGUAAAUCCAAAAUUUAUAAAAAGGGACCAGCGUGUUCGGCCUGCCCCAAAGGAUUCCCACACUGUAAUGAUCAAAUGUGUAGUAAAGUCGCGUGUCCACCUGAUGAAAAGUCACUAGCCACGAGACGCUCGUAUUCCAUAACCCUGGUUCUGUGUCUCUUGUUGUGUAGCUACCUUCACAGGUAG